AUGAAGCUCUGGAUAAUCACAUUAAUCUUAAUGGGGGUUGCUUGUGAUGUGCUAUAUUCUGAACUAGCAUCAUCGUCAACUGUUGGCUCUUGCGAAGACUUGUGUUUUUGUGAAGAAAAAGACAGCAUCUUAAUUAUAAGCUGUGAAGAAAAAGGCAUCAAGGAGAUAUCUCAAGUCCAUGUUCCACCAUCCCGGCCUUUCCAACUUAGUCUUUUAAACAAUAGUUUAACUAUGUUACAGGUCAAUGAUUUUGUCAGCUUUAUCAACGCGAUCACAUUGCAUCUUGGAUUUAACUACAUUGUGGACAUCGAACCAGGGGCAUUUAAUGGGCUAAGUCUCCUUAAACAACUCCAUAUCAACCACAAUUAUUUAGAAAUACUUAAGGAAGACACCUUCCAUGGACUGGAAAACCUGGAAUUCCUUCAAGCAGACAACAAUUUCAUCACAAUAAUUGAAUCAAGUGCCUUCAGCAAGCUCAACAGGCUUAAGGUGCUUAUUUUAAAUGACAAUGCCAUCGAAUUUCUUCCUCCCAAUGUAUUUCGCUUUGUUCCAUUAACUCACCUGGAUCUUCGAGGGAACCAACUACAAUCAUUACCUUAUGUUGGUUUUUUAGAACACAUUGGCCGAAUCCUAGACCUUCAGAUAGAAGAUAACAAAUGGAUCUGUAAUUGUGACCUACUGGAGUUAAAGAGCUGGUUAGAAAACAUGCCUCCUCAGUCCAUAAUAGGGGACGUUGUAUGCUACAACCCUCCCAUUUUGAAAGGUAGCAUUUUAAGCAGAUUAAAAACAGAGUCCCUCUGUCCAACUCCACCCCCAAAUGACCUUGAUUCUCCAUCAGGGUCAUUGCCUUUGGUGAUUACAACAUCAAUAAGUGAUAGUCAUUUCUCAACAAAGGUGAUACCUAUUUUUAAAACUCCCACCAAGGAAUCCAGUUUAACACCUCAUGUUACGAAACCAGCUACUCUUCUUCCCGGAGUAUAUUGCCCUAUACCAUGUCAGUGCACCAGCAAUAUCCUUUCAGGGAUUUUGAUGCAAUGUCAGGAACAAAACAUUGAAAGCUUGUCAGAUUUAGGUUCUCCUCCCCCCAAUCCUAAAAAGUUGAUUCUUGCCGGAAAUAUAAUCCAGACAUUACUGAAAUCAGAUCUUGUGGGUUAUGACAGUUUAGAGAUGCUCCAUUUGGGAAACAAUCGUAUUGAGAUGUUAGAAGCAGGAUCCUUUAUAAAUCUCACUGAAUUGCAAAAAUUAUAUCUCAACGGCAACCAUCUCACUAAACUAAGCCGUAAUUUGUUUUUAGGCCUGCAGCGCCUUGAGUAUUUGUACCUUGAAUAUAAUGCCAUCAAGGAGAUUUUACCUGGUACUUUCAGUCCAAUGCCAAAACUUAAGGUCCUGUACCUAAAUAACAACCUCCUCCAAACUUUACCAUCUCAUAUCUUUUCUGGAGUUCCGCUAGCCAGGUUGAAUUUGAAAACCAACCAGUUUUCCCAUUUGCCCAUUAAAAAUGUCCUAGAUGAUCUAGAUCUACUAGUACAAAUUGAAUUAGAAGACAACCCCUGGGAUUGCACUUGUGAUUUGGUCGGGCUACAACAAUGGAUACAAAAACUAAAUAGGAAUACAAUGAUGGGAGAAAUUCUCUGUACCUCUCCAAGACAUCUGGCUAAAAAGGAACUGAAAUCUCUGAACAAUGAUAUGCUUUGUCCCACUUUGAUGAACAGCCCAGCCCUCCCAACUCAUCCUAGCUUCUUAAUCAUCACAACUUCACCAACUACCACCAGUACGGCGGACACUAUUCUGAAAUCACUCACAGAAGUUAUCCCUCUCUCUGUUUUAAUUCUGGGGCUCUUGAUUGUGUUUAUAACAAUGAUUUUUUGUGCGGCUGGCAUUGUUGUUCUUGUUCUACAUCGACGGAGGCGGCACAAAAAGAAACAAACAGAAGAACAAGUGAGGGACAACAAUCCAGUCCAGCUUCAAUACAGCAUGUAUGGUCAUAAAACAACACACCAUACUACCGAACGUCCAGCCUCAACUUUGUAUGAACAACAUAUGAUCAGCCCCAUGGUUCAAGUUUAUCAAAGCCCAUCUUUCAACUCCAAAUUUGCAGGUCCUCAAGAUGAUAGGAAUGAUAAGGACGGGAAUGAUUCCAAACACCUUCGGCGAAGUCUCUUAGAAAGGGAACAUUCCUCUCCUCUCACUGGUGGUCCAAAUGUCAAGUACAAAGCUACAGACCAACCUGCUGAUUUUUUGUCCUUCCAGGACACAAGCUCACUCUAUAGGAAUAUUCUUGAGAAAGAGCGAGAACUCCAACAAUUGGGGAUAACGGAAUAUCUUCGAAAAAGCAUCGCUCAGCUACAUCCUGAGAUGGAAGUACAUUAUCCAAGAGCUCAUGAAGAACUAAAGCUGAUGGAGACACUUAUGCUCUCGCGGCCCAGAAAAGUUUUACUAGAACAGACUAAAAAUGAAUAUUUUGAGCUCAAGGCCAACCUGCAUGCUGAACCUGACUACUUGGAGGUUUUGGAACAGCACACAUGA